AUGGAUGAUAUGUAUGUUCCUCGUGGAAGGUCAAGACGCUUCUUUGCCAAAGUUUCAAAUAUUCAUCGAUUUCGGGUAGAAAUGUUUAUAAGUGUCAUUGAUUUACAACUCCAAGAGCUCAAUAGUAGAUUUGAUGAAGAAAAUAUGGAGUUACUUAUUUGUGUGUCAUGCUUAAACCCGAUCAAUUCAUUUGCGGCAUUUGAUAUGCAAAAGUUGUUGAGACUUGCUGAGUUAUAUCCCAAAGAGUUUCCAACUAAUGAUAUGACGAUGACUGCACUUCGUCAUGAGCUUCAAUUUUAUAUUAAUGAUGUGCGCCAAGAUGCAAGGUUUGGAGACUUGAAGGGUAUUCAUGAGCUUUCUAUGAUGCUUGUUGAAACAAAUAAGCAUACUACUUACAACUUAGUUUACUUGCUUAUAAGACUAGCAUUGAUCCUUCCGGUUGCAACUGCAAGCGUGGAACGAGUGUUUUCCUCAAUGACAUACGUAAAAAAUAAGUUGCGAAAUAGUAUGGGUGAUCAACUAUUGAAUGAUAAUUUAGUCACUUUUCUUGAAAGAGAUUUAUUUUCAAGAGUUAGUGAUGAUGAUGUAUUGGAACGCUUCCAAAAUAUGAAGACUCGAAGAAUGCUUCUGUAG